AUGCACUUUCUGGGCCUGCUCCGCGCCAUCCAAGCCAAGCUCGCACCGCUGGCCACAACCACGAGAAACAACCCGCGCCUCGACAAUGUCUCGAGUGCUCUCGCCAUCGACGACAACGACGAUGACGACGACAUGCCACCGUUUGCCGUCGCGCAGAACAUGGCGCCUGCCGCGAGCCCGACGCCUGACGAGGCAGCCCACGACGCCCGUCUCGCAGCAUACGAAGCCGCCCAGUUUCGCGCCGCCUGCUACGUUAUGAACAUGGACGAGCUCAUGAGUGUCCUCGCCGACUACAGCGACGCGCUUCGGACGCUCGUGUUGCAGCGCGACGUGCCGAGGCUCUCGCCUUCCCCUGCAAGUUGCUGCAAAAGCUCGCCAAGCCCAAGACGGUCGUGGACGAAGCGCGCCGCUGGGUCGCUCGAACUGUCGGACGCCGCAGACCUCGAAGCCCUUGAGUGGCGCGACGCCCGGACGCACGCUGAAGGACUGGCAUGGACGCGCCAUCUCGGCGACCUCGUCACGAUCGAGCGCGGGUUCAUUCCUUGUGCCAAGAGGCUGUACCUGAACACGGGUUUGCCAACCCCAGAGUUUGCCACCUUGUGGCCGCUCGCCGAGACCGAGACGUGUGCGCCGGUGUCCUCGAAGUAG